UUUCUGUGCCGUGUCCGGCCGGUCAACCGAUCGCCGGGCCUUCGAAUGGCCAACACACAGCCACGCGAGGAGCAUAAGAGCGUCGAGGAGCCUUACCUGAUCUUUCAGCAGUGGCUGGCGGCUGUUCAGCAGCAGGUGCCACAGCUGCGACCCCGUCUGGCGUGCUUGGCCACCGUAGACAAGGCCGGCGAGCCGAUGACGCGGCUGACCAAAAUCGAGGCUGUAAACGCCACAGGAAUCACCUUCUACACGAACCUCGGGAGUCGACAGGCGGGCGAGAUCAGUAGCAAUCCGCACGUAUCACUGCACUUCAACUGGGCACCGCUUAGGCGCAGCGUUCGCAUUGCUGGAUCCGCCCGGCAGGUGAGCGCUGAGCAGGCGUUGCAACAGUUUCGCAACUAUCCACGCCACGUCCAGCUCUACCUCGCCUACGGUCCACAGUCGGCGCGUGCAGCCACCUCCGGCGUGUCUGGCAUUUUCCACUGGUUGGCCGACCGCAUGGGCUCGCUUUUUGGGCAUCAGCAGUCGCCCAUCCCCAUGCCGACCAAUUGGGGUGGAUUCCUGCUGACGCCAAGUCUCUACGAGUUUGGAAUGGACAAUGCCGGGGCACAAGGGAGGACGUGCAUGCAGUUCAGGCGCUGUCUGGCUAUGCCCAGGGGCACUAGAGGUAAGAACUUAAAAGUGGAAAAACAUGACUGGGUUUUCGACACUUUCGUGGAGCACGAUGGCUGAAACUGGGGUCAUCGUCCAUCCAUUCAUCAUCUGUUAGAAAAAUCUGUACCGAGAACUACCAAUAAAUUCUAUUAAUAAGAAA